GAAAACUGUCAUGUGCUUUAGUGUGCAUGACAGCAAAAUAAUUUAAAUAUAUUCUGGAUCGUCAAAAAUAAAAAAUGGAUCGUAUGUUGUCGAUUGAUGAUGGCUCCAUGGUCAUAUCGGAUGACCCGUCCAAGUCCAGUUCCGGCUCAUCCAGGGCAGUCUGCAUAAUGCCUCCACGUCCCGGCACCGCCUCGAAGAACUUUAAAGAGCUGCUCAUACCACGGGAUCAACUGACGCCGGUCACAUUCCCCAUUCAAGAGGCACAACGCUGGCUCACUUUGGUGGGAAAAUUCGAUAAAGUUUACCGUUUUCCGCUGCCCACCAUACUACCAAAAGUCAUACAGACGCGCUUUGUGCCCAAGGGCGAGAUCCCCAAAGAUGUGGCGGUCGAUCGACGACGUCGUCAAUACGCCAAAAUGAAUCUCGUCGAGGAGCUAAAGAAAGCGGGUUUAACAGACGAUGUGCUACAGCCCACCGAGGAGCAAUACAAUCUGAUGUCCGAGUUUGCAUUUCCCCACAAGUUCCCGCUAAGUUUCUUCGAUGACAGUAACUACGACAUCAGUUCGCCCGAAGCCUGGUUCGAGUUGGGCAUCGUUGGCGAUGUCCACUAUCCUUUGCCAGCUCGCGCUUAUCUUCCGUACAAUCGCAGUCUGCGAAGUUGCCGUUGGGCUCUGGCUGCAGUGACUGCUUACAAUCCCAAGACGGAUCUCUGGACACUCGUCUCGCUGGAGGAUGAAUGCAGCUACGAUGUACCCAAGUUGCAGUUCAUGUUUCUCGCCGAGGAUCCGCACAAAUACAUUCAGCGCCUGAAGUCGGCGAUUCAUGAGCGGCACAAGGGCGAACAGUUGAUGCUGAUGGAGCUGAUUGUGGACUGUGUGCUACACGAUGACAUCGAGUCCACCACCUUCCAGAGUUUUAAGCCGAUUGAGGAGAUACUGCAGCAGUCCAAGGUCUCCGAGCAGUUCAAGCGUCGCCUUCGUUCGGAGGUUAAUAUUGUGUUUGAGCGUCUGAUGGCGCUUUAUGAGUUGGAACAGUUCAUCAUUCAAAUGCCGAAGGAGUUUCCGCAAUUCCGGAAUAUUUCCCUGAAGGAAUUUAUGCCCACAGCUGCUCGUGAGGACUUCGCAGAUCGGGAGCGUCGCGAAUUGCAAUCCUUGGGUCUGGACAUCAAGAAGAAACGCUACGGUUGGCUGCGGGCGAGCCUCUUUUACUACGUCGGGGGCAUUGAGGCUAUGAUGGGCGUGGCAACCGAGUGCCAGCAGAUCGAGCGUCUUUCGGUCUUUGUUUGCAAUUUCAACAAGCCGACAGCUCUCGUGGACUUUAUGCAAUCGCAGGAGGCGCACAGCGAUAGUGUGGCCACGUUUCUCAAGGUGUACUGGCCACAACAGUUGACCACAGUGAUAACCCUAGUGCUCAGAGCUCUAGGCAAAGGUUGGCUGGACAUUUCGCUGAAAAAUUGGACGGUGUAUGAGAUGUGUAAGAUCUCGAGGUUUCUGCUGCAGGUCAAAUUCCGCAUGCAGGAGUCGAUGGAGGUCCUGUUGCUGACCUCGCUGAUAAAUUUUAGCAAACUUGUGUGUGAUCCUUGCAUUCAAUUUCUGUCAUUGAAGAACAACUACAAGUGGACAAGUGAUUUUAUUGAAACAGAAUUUCCCUAUGCGAAGCCCGUGUUCGCCUUGACCAUCGGCAUCAAUGAGGAUCGUAAAGUGUUUUAUUCCACGCAUCCAGAUGAGUUUCAGCCUGCGUUAAUGGACAUCUUCAAGCGGGGAUUGGAGAAGACGGCAGGAGUGCGCAUCAUCGAUGCGGAUGUUAUGACUAACAUGAAAUUUGCCCGAAACCUAUUUAUAUUAACAGUUGAACUCAUUGAGGAAGCGUUUAUUGUACAAAAUGAGCUGAUGAAACGUUGCUAUGCUUUGGCGGUGUUGCCUUUGAAGGCUUAUGCGCGACAUUACGAGAGAUUCAUUGACUUUUAUCUGCUCAAUUUGGUGGAGUUUAUGAAGGAUUAUGCUGCGGCCAAAAAGCCUUCGUCGCAGGUCAAGCGAGAUAUCAUCGAGUUCAAGCGACAGAAGGACGAAGUUCGUCAAAUAUUGCCUGCUUUCAUCACCAUCGGACCGUUCUACAUCAAUGUUGACACGAUGAAGCAGUUUCUGGUGAAGAAGUACAUCGAUCUGGUACGUCGCAUCUUUGAAUACUACGUGGAUCGCAUGUACGAGACAAAUGAAUUGAUACUCGAACGGUGUAACGAGGUCUUCCAUCGCAUUGCCAGGCGUCCGAUGAGCAUUGAACAUUUGUUUGAGAUACGUGAUUAUGCUUUAACAGUGCCGGAUAUUGUGGAUGAGAUCAAGGCUGAAAUACAGGUCAUGUGGCUCGAGUAUGACAUGUUGGAUAGCUUUUUUUACAAUCUGUCCGAUCAUCAGUUCGCCAUGAAGUGGAAUGCCUUCGCCUGGCCGCAUCAGAUCAUGGUGCGUUUAUCCACGCUGAAGGAUGAACAGAAACUGGACAUAGAGGAGUUUCUGCGUCAGCAUUACAGCGAAUGCCAAGGCUUCGAGGAACGUCUUGAGUCGCUCAAUGACGAGGUGCAAGCUUACUCGCUUGUAUUCAAUCCUAGUCGAGCGCAGGAAACCUCAGUUGACAUUAAAAAGACCUGGGCAUUGAUCAGGGAACUGGAGAAACUCGGACGCACAUUGCAGUUUCGACAGGAACUUUUCGAACUGGAGCCGCUUUCCACGGAGUUUUUGACCAGCAUCAUAGACAGUUUUCAGCCCUACAAGAAAUUGUGGUACGCUUGCGCCAACUUUCAUAAGCUGGAGGAUGCCACAUUGGGCAAUCCCAUUGCACAACUCGAUCUCGAUGAGGUGUGGACAACUCUGAUGAAGCUGCGCAAUGAACUGGUCGAGUCCCUAGAAGACUUUAGCGAGAAGUCCGAGAUCAUGGAUGUUGCAAACGUGUUUAUAGGUAAGAUCGAUGAGUUUGUGCCCGUUUACAAUAGUGUUAAGGAUCUGCGCAAUGAGAACUGGAUGUAUCUGCAUUGGAUGGAGCUGAGCAAAGUCGUUGGCACCGAAAUCAAGUAUUCGGUGGCAUUGAACUACAUGUAUUUGGUGCGCAAGGGCAUCCUCGGAUUUCUGCCCGAAGUGCACGAGAUCUCCCUGAGGGCUACCGAUGAGGCGGAGGAGAUUCGCAAGGCCAUCGAAGAGGAGGAGCGUCGCAAGCAGGCCGAACUCGAUGCGCUGCUGAUGCGCAAACAGUUGCGCAAGUGCCGCAGGGAUAUUCUUUAAUUGGAUGCAUAAAAUCUGCCACACUGCAGGAAAAAUUACCCCUACAGAAAAACUUUGAAUAUUUAAAAUAUUUAAGUUAAAUAACUUAAUUCUGAUAGCAGAUUGUCAGCUUCACUUAUUAAUUAUACCAAUUCCAGCAGUCAAAAAAGGUUCAAUACAUUUAUUUUCAGUUACUCAAGCUUAUUUUAACCCUAGGGAAGAAUGAAGUCAAGGGUACUGAUCGGUUUACGGACGAAACAUGGUAGACUGGGAGCACAUAUUCACAAAUGAAAUGUGUGUUAGCAAGACUAAGAUAAAAUCCUCAGUAAGCGUCUUAGCUAAAUGUCGUGUCUUGGCCUCAUACG